GGAAUCUCCAAUCACUAAAGACUUGAGCGAAAAUAAACACCGUGGCUGUUCUUCGCGGCGUCGAGCUUGAUGCGGAUAUCCUCCCAUUGGCACACAGUCCAGAUCCAAAGUUUCGUUACAAUUGAACACCCACGAUGCAUGGUUUUGGAUGUGGUGGCUUGGCAUUGCUUGCUCUACUUCCAUUGACAGCUUGUGCGCAAGAUCUAUGGUGCGGGAAAGUGUACACAGCGGGCACGCCGGAGAUCAUUCCAGGUGGCCGGCUUGAGCCACCAAAGCCUUCAACUACACCACUAUUGGAUCUGCAGGUGACACCGCGGCACAGUAUCUAUGUGGGCAGUGAAGAGAAGGCAGAGUUUAUCGUGGACGCUACCCUCUCGUAUAUCCAUGGCACACCUUAUCUGCUUGCUGUCCCCAAUGGGACGUAUGGGGGAAAUGCAUCCGAUAUUCUCUUCUUCACCAUCGAAACUGAGGGGCGUGUUCUAGUAUCCGACACCAUCGUGGUGAACAAGACGAACAAGCUCCUUGAGUUUGACUUGGCGCAACUCACGCCGAGAAUGUCAGCCUACCAGAUUGAUCUGUCCGCAACCUCGAGACUUGAUGAAUCCAAAUACACAGUGUCAACGGAACUGUUCUUUCUUCCCGACAAGACCGUUGGCAGUGUCGUCAAGGUAGACAACUUAUACGGCUCGCUCCUUUAUCGUAACGAAGCCACCCGUGGUUCCUUCAAGCCCGUUUUCCCCUACGGCUUCUACGCCGACUACUCGGGCUAUCUCAACGUCAGCAAUGCCAAUGUGGAGGCAUACGCGUCCAAGGGUUUCAACGCCAUCAACCCCGUUGCCGACUUCACCGACGGAAACAUGACGCUCACCAUCGACAGAAUGGACGAGCUCAACCUGCUCUUCCAGUACGACAUGCGCAACUCUUUCCAGAAUCUCACCUCGGUGGCCGAGCAAGUGCCCCUGGUCAAGGACCACCCCUCGCUCCUCACGUGGUACACGGCUGACGAGCCGGACGGAUGGGUUUAUAACCUCAACUCGACCAAACUCACCUACGACCUCUUAGUUUCACUGGACAAGUAUCAUCCCACCGCAUUGGUCUUGAACUGUCAGAAUUACUACUACGCUGAGUACAGCUCUGGUGCUGAUAUAAUCAUGGAAGACGCGUAUCCCGUCGGUAUCAAUGCGACAUAUUCGCGCAAGUGGAAUACGCCCGUCAACGAGACAUACGGAGACGCUGGGUGUGAUAACUGUGUUGGGUCGUUGCUGGAUGUGCCGUAUCGCAUUGAUGAUUUGUACAGUUACCAGAAAUGGAUAGGGGGCGCAGCGGCUCGGAAGCCCAUUUGGGCCGUGCCGCAGGCGUUUUCGGGCGAGAGCUACUGGGAGCGCGAUCCGACCCCCGCGGAAGUCUGGGUCAUGGAUAUGCUGGCGUUUAACCAUGGCGCCAAGGGCAGGUUCGCUUGGAUCUAUCCGCCCUCUGACAUGCUUGUUGGAGCGGCUUCUCAGCUGGCCCAGGUAGUAACCGUGUCUCCGGUUAUGGAUUUCCUGACAGGUGCUAAUCCGGUUUUCGUGCAAGACGACAAGCAUGGGCUAGAUGUGUCGUAUUGGUCGUUAGGAGCACAGGUUUUAGUCGGCAUAGUCAACCCUAGAAAUACGACGGCCUCUCCCGUGCAGAUAAACUUACCGGAUGCCUUCACGGGGCUGCAAGUUGAAUCAGAGCCUUGGGGAGAGGUUGGGUGGAGUUUGGAUGGGUCGAGCUUGAUCGCGGACAAUAGCUUGGCCGGGUUGGCAACGAGUUAUGUUUUGUUGAAUUAGGUGGAAUAUUUAGUAUACUAUCAGACUAUCAUUACUCCCCCGUAUAUUGUCUCCUUCCGUGUACUCCAUCACCUGCCAUUUUUCCGACUCCCAAACGUCGCCAAUAAUUUCUAAAGAUUACAUGAGAAUCCUUAACAUAAUACCAAUUCUUCUCAGUGCUAAGCAAACUGGCAAUUGCUUGGCAAACGAUUAUCUCCGAGCUCCGUCAGUGUGUUGAGGGCAUAUUCGCAGUGGGCCGGCGACGUGAAGUGGAUCAUGUCGUGGAAGAGGUACUUGCGCGCGAUGAGACAGUUUCCUGACUGGAAAUCUGGAUUC